AUGGACAUGGUUUUAAUGAAUGGUUACUGCUACCUCGGUAAAAAUCGUAUGAAUAAAAACGGUGGUGGUGUAGGAGUCUUUGUUAGAAACACACACAACGUUAAAGCACAGCACGAUUUAAAUGACUCCUUGACAACAACACUUGAGAUAUUUGCCAUAGAGAUUGCCAAUAAAGCGCAGUUUAAAAACAUUGUUGUUGUUGUUGCUUACCGACCACCUUCGUGUUCUGUUGGAACUUUUUGCGAAUCAAUCGAUGAUGUCCUGACACGUUUAAAUGAAAAAAAUAAACACAUCGUGGUCACAGGAGACUUCAACAUAAACUUAACUGACGAUAUAAACAGCAAUAAUAACCAACUGCAACAAAUCAUGGAUCUGCACGGUCUUUGUAAAUUAAUAAAUCUCCCCACCAGAAUAACAGCAAACAAACAAUCAGUUAUUGACAACAUAUUUGUAGAUGACUCGUUGAAUGUGUGCUUGCAAGGAGUGUUGGCUUGUGAUUUGUCUGAUCAUUUGCCGGUCCUCACACAAAUUUCUUUCAGCAAACAAGUAAAAAAAGAAAAACUCAUCGUAGUUCCUUCAACAAAAUUCUUGUUCUCAUCAAAUCGAAUCAGCAACUUAAAUAAACGACUUUGUGAAAUUGAUUGGACCGACGUAUAUGAUUGUUGGGAUGUCGAAAUGGCUUGGGUAAAAUUUGUCGAGCUUUUCAAAUGUUGUAUGAUAAAAUGCUGCCAAUAUUCAAAAUUCAAUGUUCAUAAGUUCAGUGACAACGUCAGAGGUUUAUCAAGCAACAAGAUCUCUGAAACCAAAACUGUCUUGUGGAUACGAUAA